AUGCAGGUACUAGCGGUCGGAAUCUCUAGGAGCGGAACUGAUAGUCUCCGCGAGGCUCUACACAUUCUAAGAGUAAACCAUACCCACUAUGGUUUCGAUACAAUUCUCCCUCCUUCGUCACUAGAAGCGAUAUACAAACUCCUCCAAAAGAAAUAUACUACAGCUAUAAAGACAGGAGCAACCAAAAAGUUAACAGCUGAAGACUUCGAUACAGUCUUACUUAAUAGUGUUGGCGUCAGCGAUCUAUUCGCAGCGGAAUUCGCGCCUGAGCUUAUCGAAGCCUACCCCAAUGCAAAAGUCAUUCUGAAUGUUCGCCAUGAUCUCGACGAAUGGCAAUCUAGUGUGUAA